AUGUCCGAAAUUAGUGUCCAUGAGGACGACGAUCCGGAUUCUGAAUCCCAAGUGGAUUUUGCCAGUUUCACCAUCUUUAAAAAUAACAACAGCAAGGAUGAACUUCUAAGCGACACCCAAAAAACUAAUGAGGACAGCUUGAAGCUUACCCAAAAACCAAACUUGAGUGUAUUGGGGCUAGACUCCAGUCUUAUCACCAACAUAAUGAAGAGAAUGAAAGGAAGCCAUGAAAGCACUCAGCAAGUAGGUGAAAAGAAAGAGAAGGCUAGUGACAAAUUGGAAAAGAAUGAUGAUGAUGAUCAACCUUUGUACACACAGAGAAUAAAUGAAAGUGCAAAGCCAGGUGCCACUCAAUUGAAACCGACAUUGUCUUUGGGUUCCACUGAGAGAAUAGAAGAAAGUUCAAGAGGUUUGGAAACAGAGCCAAUUGAAGAGACUGUCACUAUUCCGCAGACAGCUACUAUUCCACAAAUAGAUGAAACCAUUACACAGACAUUGGCCUUGGAGACUGAACCAGGAAGCACGCAAAAAGCGACUCAGACUAAUAUUAGUAUGCAUUCUACGUUAAGGUUAGAUUCUAAUCAAGAAGCGUCUUCAAGUUCGACUACACAAGUGAUACCGAAAACUCAGGCCACGACUCAAAAGAUUGCUUCUGGUCUCAGCCUGAAGAAUCAAUUAACUGCACAGGUUAUUCCGAAAACGCAGUUUUUAAGCCAAAGCGUCAAAGCGACAGUUCCAAUUGAAAGCAAUGAGACAAUUGGGGAAGAAGUUGAGAAUGAGGAUGGAAAUGGAGUUCAGGAUGAAGAUGUGGAUGAGGAUGAAGAGAUUGUCACCACACAUAGAAGAAAAGGAGCAUUGACUCAACUGGGAGAUGAUUCGAAAAGCGCAAAUGUUAAAGACAAAACUUUUGAGGCACUUGGUGUUCCCCUGGAAAAAUACAAACGCAUGACUCGUGAGGAGAAGAUAAAUCUUCGACUAGCUGAAAAGAAAAAGGACAGGGAGGCAAAGGAGAAGAAGAAGCACAAAAUGAGCCAAGAAGUUUCAGAAACUAAGAAGGACAACAAGCAUGCUAAAGCUAUAGAUAUUAAAAGUGUUGAACUGACGUCUAAAAAGAGCCGGAGAAAGACAAAUCCGGAAAUGAAGAAGCUUGCAAACGCUGUUAAGCAGAAUGCACUCAUCCGGAGCUCUGGAUUAAUUAUACGGAAGUCGGAUAAAACCAAAUUCACUCCCGGCAAGCUUUUGGCAGCUUUUGAAUCCUCAUCUGAUGAGGAAGAGAAGGAUGAAAAGGUGUUUUCGGAAGCAAAUAAGGAGACACCAGAAUCAUCACCAAAGCUGGUUGACCAAAAUGUUACCGUUAGACCCGAAAAGACGGACAAGGUGUACUUUGUUGGUAAAGCAGGGGGCAAGAAGUCAGAUAUUCAUAUUCCACUUGGUAGUUACAGAGAGCAUAUAUUAGAAGAGUCUGGGCAGGAGAAGAUGGUGGAUCUAGAUUCAGAUGAUGAUAAUGACGACGAUAUCGAUCAAGAGCCGUCUGCAACAGACAAGAAAAGACUCUUUGAUUUGAAACGUAUGCUGUCACAGAAGUUGACGCGGAAAAGAGAGCGUAAGAAGACGAUUAAGGAUCUUCUUCGCCAAGAAACACUCAAGCAAAUGAUUAAACUGAAUAAGGAAAGGCAAAAGCGGACAACUUCGGGUCAAAAAGAGGAUGCAGCAAACCAAAAGGAAAUUAUGGAGAUGAUGCAGCAAGAAUUAGAGAGAAAUAAGCGCCUGGCCAAGGUUGAGCAAGAAAAAGAGCGUCGGAACAAGAUGAUUUUGCAAGGAAAACUACCGGUUGAAGAAGAGUUGGAUGAGAGUGAGAUUGAGGAUGAGGAGGAGGAUGAAGAUGAAGAUGAAAACAAGGAGAAGCAAGAGGAGUCAGAAGAUGGUGCAGAGAAUCAGAAAAAUACCGAAUCUGAUGAUGAGAGCAAUUCGAACCAUGCGGCAUCAGAAAUCAGCUUCCAGAUACCUGAUGCAUCGGCAAUCAAGGCGAAUAAAGCCAGCUCAAUGUUGGCAGAUCUUUUCGACCAGAGCACUACAUCGAACAAGUCGUUUGAAGGGGUGCAAGGUGUGGAUGUUUUGCGAAAGCUUCAAGAUGUUGACUCAAACGUUUCUGCGCACAAUUCGACAUUAAUGUCAAAGGAUAGUGAGCAGUUUAAGGAUGAUAGUACAACCUCUGAGUGGAUGGAUAACAGUGUUGUGAACAAUGUCUCAUUUGCCGAUAUUAGGGACUCCAAGCAAGACAUUAGCAAGAUUGACACUGGGCUGGAAUCACAGGUCGUGCAGGAAAAGAAGAAGAUUCUUGAUUCACAGAACUUUUUGCCGGAAACCCAAGUUGAUGAAGCAGAUAUGGCAACACAGCCUGUUGCGGUAGAUGAUGAUGAUGAUGAUGAGAAAGUUCAUGUUUCGGGCAGAAAGAGAGUUCUUAAAGCCGCCCAGCAAGACAUUAAAGGAGAUGAAAAUAAAGAUGUGAAUGAGAAUGAGAAUUACGGUGACGAUGACGAUGACGAUGAAAUUGUUUAUGAAGAUGAUGAAACAAGGAAGAAGCGAGUUGAAUUAAUAAAUGCAGCUCGUAGAAGGGCCAUUGAGCGUGAAAAUAAGCAAAGAAGAGCUUUCAAAGAGGCUGGAAUGGGUGAAAUGAUGGAAAAUGAAGCUGUAGAGUCGGAUGAUGAGUGGCAGGGAAUAGGAGGUGCGGAUGGAGAAGAUCCAGAGGUGGAAAAUAGUGAGGAUGAGAAGAUCUUGGAUGAUGCAUCGAAAAUUGUUGUUGAUAAGGAUAAAAUCAGGGCCGACCUCGCAAAGCAUGAUAUAAAGGCUGAUGAUGAGAUGGUGAAAAAGAUCUACACGGACUUGAAAACAGGAGCAUUCAGAAGGAGGAGAGCACGUGAUGGUGCAUAUGAGCUCGAGCUCAGUGAUGAUGAAGAUGAGUACAUGAGGCAGUUUUAUGAGCAUAGACGGCAGGAGUACUUGGAGAAGCAAUACAUGAAAGAUGCCAAUCUUCGGAAAUUGGCUAAGAGUCAGAGUUCCAGGGCAUUUUAUGACACCAUUGCAUCUGAUUCGAUUCGAAGUGCGUCUAUCAAGUUUGAGGACAGUGUGGAUGAGGUUGAAUCGCCAGUCGACAAUCCAUUUGAGGAUAAUGGAAAGGACAAGAAUGAAAGUGUGAGUGGUGGAGAGAAGGACGGGAAUGGGAAGAAGGACGGCCUAUUUACGAAAGAGGGUGGCAAUAGCAGAGAGGAUAGUAGUGGUGAUCAUGGUGAAGAUGAUGACGAUGACAUUUUGAUCAGGCCAAAGAAAAGAAGAAAGCUCACGGUGAAUCAGGUGAGGUCGAUGAUCAGCUUCCUUGACGAAGAUGAGGAUCAAGGUGAGGGUAUACUUGACGGCUUGAGUGGGGAUGAGAAGGACAUGCUUGAUGAUGACGGUGCGGCCGAAAUUAAGUAUAUCAAGAAGCACAUGAGGGUGAAGAUUCCAAGAAAGCUUGUUGGGCGUGCUGAGAAGAACCAGAAAGCUGCCACGGGAGAGUCUUCCAAGUCCAAUGUGAUCUCUCUAGAGGAUGGAGGCGAGUCUAUACAGCCAAUUAGCGAUGAUGAGCUUGAAGAUGCCGGAGUCGGCCUGUUGGCAGCAAGAACGCAUUCAUUGGCAUCGUCUUUCAGAAAAGGAAAGAAGAAGAAAGCUCGUUAUUCCACAACAACGGGUCACGAGGUUCAUGAGGUUCAUGUUAUCGUUGGUUCGAAGCCUGUUGCACACUCCACUGGGUCUGUCUCCUCGCUUACUGCUCGCAGAUCGUUUGCAAUGGAGAAGAUACAGCUUAAGAACGGUAAGGCCGCAAAAAUCGCCAAAUCCUUAAAGUCUGUGAGGCAUACGGAAACCAUGAUGAAGAUUUACAAGUCCAUGAGCAGCUUUGAUGACGGCUGGCAGUAG